AUUCUGGAGCAAUCAUGGCGAGAGUUUUCCGAUCAAUCGUUUUCCUUUUCGCAGUGUUGGCUGUUAUAUCUGCAGAGUCCCUCGAAGAAAUACCUUCUUAUGAUUAUACCGUGCAGGAUAAUCUCGAUGAGGCGGGAGCUGAGCUCAGUGAAAUUGACGAUGAAGAUUUUUCUGAUCGCGAGAGCAGCGACGACGAUUUCAGUGAGAUCGAUGCCGCAGGAACGGAGGGCGACGGUAGGCCGGCACUUAUUUUUUGUUAUUUACUGAGUUUGCCUUCUCCGUUGUAUUAGGUUAAUCACUUUUGCUCUAAUUGGCACUAGAAAAAACGUUUCCUGUGUUUCUUAAAGUAUAUGGACCAUUAUAGUGAGAGUUUGUCAGUUGGUAGCAUACUGCCCAUCUGAAAAGUUAUUUUGAUUCCACUUUUAAGGAAACUUUUACCAGAGACUUCCCUAAGUUGGUUUCCUUGAAAGUACUGAAUUUCUGACUUAUAAGAUUUAUCUCGUUUUCAGAAAAAAAAUAAUGAAAGGUGAAAAGGUAAAAAUCGUUACCAGAAUUUUCUGCUGCUCUGGCUUUGGUAAAUUCGAAACGCGCCGACUUUUAGGCACUCCAUUUUGUACUAUCGCUUUACAUGUUAAUGAUUGGCUAGAAGUUACUUUUGAAGAGGAAACUCAGCAAGUUUUUGUACUAGUUUCUUCCAUUAAAGGAAAGAUAGCGAAUCAGGUCUUUUUUUUAAUAAAGACUGCUGCUCAUAUCGUCUCAGUUAUACAGAUUAUAGAAACCGCUAUGCCUACAUUAAGUCGAGAAAGGACUACGCUAAAGGUGUUAAUGCGUUCUCACUGCCACUCUCACUUCGCUGUUUUCCUUUCACUAGAAUUCAACAACCCAACAAACGAAAAUUCGUGGAAUGAAGACCAAUUUGCUCAGCCAGAACAACCAAAUGAAGACCCCCGCAGAGUUUACCGAUGUGGUUUGCUGUACUACAAUCGACUGACUCAAGGCUGCUGUGGUGGCAGGUACAGAUACUACAAGAGAACCCAGAAGUGCUGUUAUGGUGGACGAGUUGUCUCACGGUAUUCCUCGUGUGUGCUUUCCCCCAAAUGUGGUUUGUUGUACUACAAUCGACUGACUCAAGGCUGCUGUGGUGGCAGGUACAGAUACUACAAGAGAACCCAGAAGUGCUGUUAUGGUCGACGAGUUGUCUCACGGUAUUCCUCGUGUGUGCUUUCCCCCAAAUGUGGUUUGUUGUACUACAAUCGACUGACUCAAGGCUGCUGUGGUGGCAGGUACAGAUACUACAAGAGAACCCAGAAGUGCUGUUAUGGUCGACGAGUUGUCUCACGGUAUUCCUCGUGUGUGCUUUCCCCCAAAUGUGGUUUGUUGUACUACAAUCGACUGACUCAAGGCUGCUGUGGUGGCAGGUACAGAUAC